AUGCUUUUCAAGAAACUGAGACAGAUCAAAACCAAGAUAUUCAAGCAAAAGAAACUUAUGCCACCAAAUAACGAUACAAUCGACCACGAAAAAAGCGCAAACAAGUCAGAGCCCGAUGUAGAUCAAAGCACCUUGGCCGGAAUAAGAUAUCUCCGCCAACGACUACUUGGAUCUCAAAAACGGUACUUUGAUAGCGCCGACCACUUUUUGAAGCUACACGAGAUGGAAAAGAGAAAACAGCACAUAGAAACAACUGAAACAGAUUUAAUUGAAGACGAAUGCACUCCAUUAGAUAGUAUUUUGGAAACCGAAUGUGGCAGUAUGACCGCCGCCGCUCCCCUUGAAGCCUACAGCGAAAUUAUUGACGAAAUGAAGCCCAAAGAGUCUGUUUAG